AUGGGGGACAGCAGUGAUAUAAAGCCCGAAGGCUCCCCGUCCCCUAUCACUGUCACACAAGCACUUGAAUGUGCUCGUGACAGCGAGGAAGGUGCUCGUGAUCCCACGAUAAUUAAUAUUCUCGACACCGCUUUGGCAGACAUCCGGAGGAAGAUCGACGCCCAGCCAACGUCCUAUGUUAUGACACGGGACGAAUUCGCCGUCUUCAACUACUUCCAGCGUUGCUUCGAAGGGGACGAAGUCGCUGUUGCGGCCAGACGGCGAUACUGGGACCAAUACAACAGCCCUGCUACUCCCCCCGCACGCUGUCUUGUCAAUAUCGGGGGAUUUCUCGACUUUAUCGCCCUGAUCCGCUCCGAGGUAGCACUGGUGGUAUUAGAAAUGGGUACUUUUUCCGAAAAGAAGCAAUGGUUUGGCAGGGGAAUUGGCCGUGACCGGGGAUCUACGCUUCGACGACUCGAAGAGGACGGCCACCUGAUUCCAACCGAGGAGAUCUUAGCAUCUAAAUCAAACAACCCAAACUCCGAGCAAGAUGCCACGAGAAAAAAAUGGGCCAAACCAGUCGCUUUCAUUGUUGUUGGAUGUUGUAUAGCUUUACUUUGGGUAUUUGGCGAUUGCUUAUUUUCUGGAUCUUGGCCGGAGAAGGAGGUAUCGAUAGCAAGCUACAGUCUCGUUAAGGAUGAUGUCCCUGCUCCUAGUCCUCCCAAACCAUCCGACGGGGUGCUGGAGUGCUUCCAAGUGCAUCAACCUGUGCUAUUCCCCUCAGGGGCAGUUGAUCAAACGUUGUUGAGCACUGGAGCCGAGAAUACUGCCAUCAUUGCCGCCACAGACAUAGCAACAAGCUGUCAAGUUCUUUUGAUGGAACACCAAUUUGCGUAUUCAUAUGGCCUCCCUUUUGUUGGAAAUUACAAUCCCCCUAAAUGCAAGUUCAACCGUGUGGCCAUGAAUUUCACGGUUACAUCAAGAGGCCGCCAGUAUGAUAGACUAGCGAUCAUGUACUUCAACGACACCGAGGUCUGGCGGACUUCUACCGCUGAGCCCACUACUAACGGCAUCCGCUGGGAAUAUAUCAAAGAUAUGACUGAGUACAUGUACUUCUGGAAUUCGCCACAAAAACUCAUUUUUGAUCUUGGAAAUCUUAUUGAUGACACAUACACCGGCCCGUUCAAUACUACUCUGACCGCUACAUUCUUUACCGUCCAGGAAGAGGCUGACCCUGCACCGCUUAUUAUCCCAAUCUCAGCUAGAAAAGGGGCAACCAACGAGCCAAGUCUUUUCGCAUUGCCCCAGGACAAUGCUACGAACACAAUCAGUUUCCCUCGAAAUGCCAACCGUGCGGUCUUUUCGGUUUCCGCUUGUGGACAAGGUACUGAGGAGUUCUGGUGGGCCAACGCUUUGCAAUCUAAUAUCCAUACUUUUGAACCAGUUGCUGGGACUCUGUAUGGAUACUCAGCAUUCCGGGAAGUCCAAGUUUUGAUCGAUGGCCAACUUGCUGGCGUGGAAUGGCCCUUUCCGGUCAUAUUCACUGGUGGGGUGGUUCCAGGGCUUUGGCGCCCAAUUGUCGGCGUAGAUGCGUUCGAUCUUCGAGAACACGAGAUUGAUAUCACUCCUUGGCUCCCGAUCCUAUGUGAUGGCGCAGAGCACAGUUUUGAAAUCAGAGUAGUGGGAAUUUUGGACAAUGGCGAAUCUAGCGGGACGAUUACCAAAACUGUUGGAGCUAGCUGGUAUGUGACUGGCAAGAUAUUCAUCUGGCUCGACGAUGAAGGGUCUGUGACCACGGGGAGAUCACCAACAGUUCGACAGCCACAGCCUGUAAUCAGCCUCUCCCAGUCUCUAACCCAAAAUUCCACCGGAGCCAAUGAGACACUCAAGUACACCACGGAUGUGAAGCGAGAACUCUCCAUCUCCUCUCAGGUCAAAACUCAAAACGGUACUAAUCUAGUAACCUGGACACAGUCACUCUCUGUGAAAAACUACGGCCUUUACACUGCAUUUGGUGCCGUCCAACAAAACAACCAAACCACAACUGGUGUUGACCAAUCCACUGGCGGCGUUUAUUUCAAAUCGUCAUAUUCCUACCCCUUAUACGCUAACACGACGUACCUCGUCCAACCGGGCGGGAACUUCACCAUUGACGCAGUUGUAAUCCGUGGCCUGGAUCUCUCCUUCCAAGGCAAGCCCGUCUUCCCUACCGGUAUCCAGCCUUUCGCCCACAUCCCCCGCAGCGCACCACUCGUACCAAGUUUCAUAGGCACUACCCUAUCCACACUUCAGAACGGCAGCGCACACUAUUUCGGCUCCCCGAGUGCACAUACCAGCAGUGGCUUCGGUAGAACACGCCAGGAAUUCAGCUUUAAUGGUGUUAGCCUGAGUGGCAACCAGCUGAAUAAGGAGUUAUAUUUUAGGAGUGUGGAGGCAAUUAAUGGUACCCUUGUGAAGGAUUAUGAGAGUUUGCUUGGAUCGGAGGUUGCAAGUUAUGUUGGGAAGGCGACGACGAACCAGCUUGUUAUGGGGGAUGUUGUUAGUCCGAAGGAGGCUAUUGGGAGGGGACCUGGAGCACCUAAGAGGGUACUUGUUCAAGGUGGUGGGGUGUAA